AUGAAUAAAGUAUUUUGCUCUGAUAUACUCAAAGUGUCGAAAAGGAGUUUGUUAAAAAGAUAUUGUAGUUAUGUUAAUAAAAGAAAAUAUUCCAGUAUUUUGGGAAUUGAAACAUCUUGCGACGAUACAGGCUGCGCUCUAAUUGAUCUAAAUGGAAAGAUAUUGUCAGAAGCCUUACAUUCUCAAAAUUUAAUACAUCUUCGUAAUGGUGGAAUUAUUCCCGAUAUUGCACAAGACUUGCACCGGAGAUACAUCAAGCCUGUUGUUGAUAAAACUUUGGAAAAGGCUGAUUUAAGUAUGUCUGAUAUUAAUGCUAUAGCUGUGACUGUUGAACCAGGCUUACCUUUAAGUCUUGCUGUAGGCAUGAAGUAUGCAAAGCAUUUGGCACGAAAAUAUCAAAAACCAAUAAUUCCUAUCCAUCACAUGGAGGCACAUGCUUUGAUUGCAAGAAUGGAUCAUGAUAUAUCAUUUCCUUUUUUGACUUUACUUAUAUCUGGUGGCCAUUGUUUAUUAGCAGUCGCCCAAGAUGUAAAUGAAUUUAAACUAUUAGGCCAAAGCUUAGAUGGUGCCCCAGGAGAGGUUUUUGAUAAAGCGGCUAGAAGGAUGAAACUAAGGAAUAUUCCAGAAUUAUCACAAAUGUCAGGGGGUCAAGCAAUAGAAACGGCAGCUGCAAAGGCUACAAAUCAUGACAUCUUCAAAUUUCCACUACCCCUGACGGAAACAAAGGAUUGUAAUUUUAGUUUUAAUGGCUUCAAAAGUACUGCAUUGUAUCAUAUAUUAAAAAAAGAAAAAGAACACAAUAUUGAAGGUGAUCAAGUAAUUCCAGAAGUUAAUGAUCUAUGUUUAGCAAUGUUGAUGGGAACAACAAGACAUUUGUUACAUAGGACCCAAAGAGCUAUGGAAUUUUGUGAAAUUAAUAAUCUUUUGCCAGAAAAUAAGAAACAAUUAGUUGUUUCAGGCGGUGUAGCCUGUAAUAACUAUAUAUUCAAAGCUCUUUCAAUACUAUGUGAAGAAUAUGAUUAUAAAAUAUACAGACCUCAACCAAAACUAUGUACUGAUAAUGGAUUGAUGAUUGCCUGGAAUGGUUUAGAGAAGUGGAGAAAACGAAUAGACAUAGUAACUGAUUUAAACCAAAUAAAUAUAAAUCCUACCAGUGACUACGAUGCGGAAGAAUUACACAAUUGUGCAUGGGUUAAUUGGUGUAAGUAUGGAGAUAUAGUUCGAGAAGCACCUGGUAUUAAUUUGGUACACGUAUACGAUCCUGAUGUUAUUGAGGAUGUAUUUCGUCAAAAGGACAAAUACCCAGCAAGGAGGAGCCACAUAGCUAUGCUUCACUAUCGUUUAAGCAAACCAAAUGUUUAUAACACGGGCGGUCUUCUAUCAACAAAUGGCCCAGAUUGGUGGAGAAUUCGAAGCGCAUUUCAAAAAAACUUUUCAAGCCCUCAAAACGCAAAACAAUAUGUUGAUAUAACUGAUAAUAUUGCUUAUAAUUUAGCACAAACAAUAAAAAGUAGGAAAAUUACACACCGUGAAGAUUUUUUAGAUUAUUUAAAUCGCCUUUUCUUAGACGUUAUAGGAGCAAUUGCCUUUGACAAAAAUUUUGAUAGUUUCUCCGAAAAUGAGCUACAUCCAGAUUCCCGCAGUAGUAAAAUUAUAAAAGCAGCUUUUGGUUCCAAUAGCGGCAUCCUGAAACUUGACAAAGGCAUUAUGUGGAGGUACUUUAAGACUCCUUUGUAUAGAAAACUUGAAAAAUCUCAGGAAUAUUUAGAAAAAAUAUCCAUAGAUAUACUAUUAAAUAAAAUUAAGUUUUACAAAAAAGACGACAACACGGAUCGCUCUCUUCUAGCUUCUUUUCUUAAAAUGGCUAAUAUAGAUUUAAAAGAUAUUGUUGGUGUUAUGGUUGACAUUUUAAUGGCGGCUGUAGAUACGACUUCAUAUACAACAAGCUUUGCUUUAUAUCAUUUGGCACAGAAUAAAAACUGUCAAGAGAAGUUAUACGACGAAGUUUCAACUUUACUGCCUUCAACUGAUUCAAAAAUAACUACCGACGUAUUAGCUAAAGCUGUUUAUUUGCGGAGUUGUGUUAAAGAAAGUUUACGUUUGAACCCUGUUUCAAUAGGAGUUGGUCGAGUGUUACAAAAUGAUGUAAUUUUAAAAGGAUAUUUGGUACCAAAGGGGACGGUAAUCGUAACACAAAACAUGAUAGCCUCUCGUCUGCCGCAAUAUUUAAAGGAUCCUUCUCAAUUUAAACCCGAACGCUGGAUUCGCAAUUCACCGGAAUAUGAAAAUAUUCAUCCAUUCCUGAGUCUUCCAUUUGGCUUCGGAUCCCGAGCUUGCAUCGCGAGGCAUUUGGCUGAACAAAACAUGUCCAUUACUAUAAUGAGAGUUAGUAAAAAUGCUUUCGAUUUAAUUGAUUAA